AGUAACAUUUUGUAACUCAAUAUAGUUUAAUCGUUUUUAAAGUAGCCAAAACAAAACGUUGACUUUAAAAAGGCAGCUAAGGCUCUGCAAACUACAAAUCCCAUGAGCGACCUGCGAGGCAAUAUAGUUCAUCGAUGGCUUUUCAUAUCAUCAGCGCGUAAACGUCAAUGGUACAGUAUUGCAAAUUGUCAAAUAUGAUUUAAUUACAACCGUAAGAACGUUCGAUAUUUUCAGAGCGCAGUCCUGUCCUUCUGGAUUGUGUAGCUCCGAAGGCAAAUGGGAGUUUCCAGGAAGUAGCCAUAUUGGAAGCGCAAUCAAGCUUGUUCCACUGUGUCAGCUAGUUUACAGAGAGAGUGAGACGAGGGCAGUUUCCUUUCGCCCAGAUCGGCAUUAAAACGCAUACAUUUCGCACCAUGGCUGCUACGGACGUAGACAUAUUUUCUAAUGAAGAAAAGCGUAAUCUCAGUUUGGGUGGCCAUGUUGGUUUUGACAGCCUUCCCGAUCAGUUGGUCAGUAAAUCGGUGACACAGGGUUUCUGCUUCAAUAUCCUAUGUGUAGGGGAAACGGGUAUUGGAAAGUCGACGUUAAUGAAUACGCUUUUUAACACAAUGUUUGAGAAUGAGGAGGCCAGCCACUACCAGAAUGGCGUGUGUAUGCGGCCCAGAACAUAUGACCUCCAGGAGAGCAACGUCCACCUCAAGCUGACUAUUGUGGACACUGUGGGGUUCGGGGACCAGAUCAACAAAGAGGAGAGUUAUAAACCGAUAGUGGACUAUAUCGACACACAGUUUGAAAAGUACCUCCAGGAAGAGCUGAAAAUCAAGCGCUCCCUCUUCAACUACCACGACGGGAGGGUCCACAUCUGUCUGUACUUCAUUGCUCCCACGGGGCAUUCGCUGAAGUCUUUGGAUUUAGUUACCAUGAAGAAACUGGACAGCAAGGUGAAUAUAAUCCCCAUCAUCGCUAAAGCCGAUACAAUCUCCAAGAGCGAGCUCCAUAAAUUCAAGAUUAAAAUCAUGAGUGAGCUGGUGAGCAACGGAGUGCAGAUCUAUCAGUUCCCCACAGAUGACCACGCAGUCACAGAGAUCAACUCCUCCAUGAAUGCUCACCUCCCCUUCGCUGUGGUGGGGAGCGUCGAGGAGGUUAAAGUGGGAAACAAAACGGUGAGGGCCAGGCAGUACCCCUGGGGAGUAGUACAAGUGGAGAACGAGAGCCACUGUGACUUUGUGAAGCUGCGUGAGAUGCUGAUCAGGGUGAACAUGGAGGAUCUGAGAGAGCAGACUCACGCCAGACACUACGAGCUCUACCGCCGCUGCAAACUGGAGGAGAUGGGAUUCACAGAUACAGACCCUGACUGUCAGCCGUUCAGUCUCCAGGAGACCUAUGAGGCCAAGAGGAAAGAGUUCAUGGGAGACCUGCAGAAGAAAGAGGAGGAGAUGCGACAGAUGUUUGUCAACAAAGUGAAGGAGACUGAGGCAGAGCUGAAAGAGAAGGAGAGAGAGUUACACAACAAGUUUGAGCAGCUGAAGCACAUGCACCAGGAGGAGAAGAGGAAGGUGGAGGAGAAGAGGCGAGACCUGGAGGAGGAAAUGAACGCCUUCAACCGCAGGAAAGUGGCAGCUGAAACAUUGUCCUUAGCCCAGCCACUCAAGAAGGACAAGGACAAAAAAAAAUCGGUGAAGACGGAGAACCAGUCUGGGGUGAGUCUCUCCAACUCCAAGGUAAUGAUGGCCAAGACCAGUGUGGAGCCUUUGAAAUGCGACAGCUGGUGGCAGGCCAUACAGUGCUGCACCUGCCUGGUCCACAAUGCUACCUGGAAGCAAGGCCUCUUCUGAGUCUCAGGACCCAUGGUGGGAAGGUGGGGAUGUCUAGAGAUCAACAAGGCAUGGAACUGCAAUCAUUCAGAAAAAUGGAGACCAAAAUUACUACAUAUCCACCCACCGUUUAAUUCAUUCAAUCAUCACCAAUUCAUAUCGAUCAUGGACAAUUUCCCACUUCUUCCCUUUACCAGCCAUUCCCAUAUUACAUUGCAAUCUUAGUACCCCCCCCAAAUGUGUUACGGUGGAAAGUGCAGUGCCUUGCGAAAGUAUUCGGCCCCCAAACUUUUUUAACAAAUCAAAAACUGAAAAAUUGGGCGUGCAAAAUUAUUUAGCCCCUUUACUUUCAGUGGAGCAAACUCUCUCCAGAAGUUCAGUGAGGAUCUCUGAAUGAUCCAAUGUUGACCUAAAUGACUAAUGAUGAUAAAUACAGUCCACCUGUGUGUAAUCAAGUCUCCGUAUAAAUGCAUCUGCACUGUGAUAGUCUCAGAGGUCCGUUAAAAGCGCAGAGAGCAUCAUGAAGAACAAGGAACACACCAGGCAGGUCCGAGAUACUGUUGUGAAGAAAUUUAAAGCCGGAUUUGGAUACAAAAAGAUAUCCCAAGGAGCACUAUGCAAGCGAUAAUAUUGAAAUGGAAGGAGUAUCAGACCACUGCAAAUCUACCAAGACCUGGCCGUCCCUCUAAACUUUCAGCUCAUACAAAGAGAAGACUGAUCAGAGAUGCAGCCAAGAGGCCCAUGAUCACUCUGGAUGAACUGCAGAGAUCUACAGCUGAGGUGGGAGACUCUGUCCAUAGGACAACAAUCAGUCGUAUAUUGCACAAAUCUGGCCUUUAUGGAAGAGUGGCAAGAAGAAAGCAAUUUCUUAAAGAUAUCCAUAAAAAGUGUCGUUUAAAGUUUGCCACAAGCCACCUGGGAGACACACCAAACAUGUGGAAGAAGGUGCUCUGGUCAGAUGAAACCAAAAUUGAACUUUUUGGCAACAAUGCAAAACGUUAUGUUUGGCGUAAAAGCAACACAGCGCAUCACCCUGAACACACCAUCCCCACUGUCAAACAUGGUGGUGGCAGCAUCAUGGUUUGGGCCUGCUUUUCUUCAGAAGGGACAGGGAAGAUGGUUAAAAUUGAUGGGAAGAUGGAUGGAGCCAAAUACAGGACCAUUCUGGAAGAAAACCUAAUGGAUUCUGCAAAAGACCUGGGACUGGGACGGAGAUUUGUCUUCCAAUAAGACAAUGAUCCAAAACAUAAAGCAAAAUCUACAAUGGAAUGGUUCAAAAAUAAACAUAUCCAGGUGUUAGAAUGGCCAAGUCAAAGUCCAGACCUGAAUCCAAUCGAGAAUCUGUGGAAAGAACUGAAAACUGCUGUUCACAAAUGCUCUCCAUCCAACCUCACUGAGCUCGAGCUGUUUUGCAAGGAGGAAUGGGAAAAAAUUUCAGUCUCUCGAUGUGCAAAACUGAUAGAGACAUACCCCAAGCGACUUACAGCUGUAAUCGAGGCAAAAGGUGACGCUACAAAGUAUUAACUUAAGGGGGUGAAUAAUUUUGCAUGCCCAAUUUCAGUUUUUGAUUUGUUAAAAAAGUUUGAAAUAUCCAAUAAAUGUCGUUCCACUUCAUGAUUGUGUCCCACUUGUUGUUGAUUCUUCACAAAAAAAUACAGUUUUAUAUCUUUAUGUUUGAAGCCUGAAAUGUGGCAAAAGGUCGCAAAGUUCAAGGGGGCCGAAUACUUUCGCAAGGCACUGUAUGUGCCAAUAUCCCUAUAGAUAGUACCUAUUGUGAUUUGAAAGACAAUGGAGACAUGACUACACCAAAUCACAUUUUAUUGGUUGCAUACACUUUAUUUAAGUUCAAUUGCAAGGUACAUUUUCAAGGGAAUGUAAUUGUGAAAUACUUAUUGUUGGAAAGUAUUUAUUUGAAAAGUAUUAAGAGGAAAUUUAUUUGUAUUUUACUAUAUUUUUUUUUACGUAUCAUGUUUUUUUUUUUUAUUCUACAAUACUUUUUGUAUUUUGUAAUAAUAUUACCUAUUGUGAGCUAGGACAAUAUGGAAUAGUUCUUAUGGAUUACACUAUAAUCUACACACAACUAACUGGUGGUCAUCAACCUCUGAAAUAUUUUAGUAUUCAGAGCAAUGCUAUGUUGUUAUAAUUUGAGGACAUUUUUCCUCUGGCCCUGGUUUGAAACAACACUAAUUCACACAGACAGAAUUCUAUUCCAGAGUGUUUUGGCCAAUGGUUGUGGUUUGUGAAGAUAACAUUGCAGAGACGUCUUACAUUAAAACAAAGAAAGAUUUAAGAUGGAAAUAACUAUUACUAAAGGAUUAAAUAUGUCUGGUAGUGCAAUUAGUAUUUACCGCUUAU